AUGCCCACGACUAUGCCAAUGACCACACCGGAGCUCAUGCUCGACGCACUCGACGUGUCCGAAGCGGGUCCCUCAGCAGCCGACGACGAGCCGGAACUUGUUGUUGUCGUGUUUACCAUACCAUCAGGUGUCGGCAGCCCCGCGGAAGGUACUGCUGGCGACGACGGGGUCGAACCUGUUGGCGCAGCUGACGGAGGCGUACCUGGAGGAGGCGCAGUCGGAGACUCGGUGGGUGGAGCAGGUGGUGUUCCUUCGGACGGAUUCGUCGAGCUCGUUGCGUCCGGCACAGACGGAGCCGGUGCUUCUUCUGACGACGGCGCGUCGGGCGCGUUGGGUGUCGUCGCCGGUGGCGUCGGUGUACUUGCGGGAGGAGUGUCCGGAGUAGUAGGCGGCGACGGCGCUUCCGGUGUUGUAGGGGGGUACCUCGGAGGGGUACUGGGAGGGGUACUGGGCGUUGGCGACGGCGGCACGUCUGGUGGUGGGGUACUCGGCUGCUCUGGUGAGGGCGUCGGAGUUGAGCUCGGCGAGCUGUCGGUCGGUGUGGACGGCGGCCCCUGCGACGGAGUGGACGCAGGAGUACUGGGGCCGGAUUCGCUACCCGCACUGCCAUUGAGCUGCAAGUAUCGCUGUACGGCUGAGACCGCGUCCUGUGCGUGGGACGUGGGGGUCACGCACCCAGCGAGGACGGCCGAGACGAGUACGAGCGCGAGUUUCAUGGCCCCACUUACUUGUUCGAGCGCGAGCGAGUGCGUGCAGUGUAUUGCACGGGAGUGUGGUGCGGCAGACGGCGUCGAACAAAUUGACGAUCGCGUGGUUGCGAGACGGCGAGCAGAGGUGGAGGAGGAGGCACGAACGGCCGAGGAAUGUGGGAAUGGGAGACGUGGCUUUUCCCUCGCGUGA